AUGGCGCCUACCAACAAGCCGAAGCUGGGCAAGCUUUCCACGCCCGUGUCGGCCACCUUUCCGUCAGAGGUCACCUCCGCUCACAUUCGCUCUGCCACCACGGCCACGCCUCUGUCGGCCAUCACCUUUCCUAUCAAGCCCGACCCCGACUACAUCAAGACGCCCAUUAGCCCGCCGUUGGCCUACACAGACUUCCUCUCGAAGGCCAUGUCUCUCACCUCUCCCCUCCCUCUCCCGGGUGAGACGACUCCCGAAUCCGUCUCGGGACCGGAGACCUGCAACAGCGACCAGUCGGACUGCUCCUGCAAGGUCGAGGAGUCGUCGCCUACCUCGACGCCCAGUGAGAGCGAGGAGAAGGCUUUCCCGCCAUCCACGGCACCUCUGGUCCCCCCCAGCCCAUACAGGGCCCUGGCAAUGCCCAUGUCGGCUCCCCCGACGGGACCGGCCUCGUUCCCCAGCCUCAAGGUGCCCCCGAGCCCGUCAAUCUCCAACCUGGACUCGCCCGUGCGCUCGCCAUUCAGCGCCGGUGGCCGGUCAAUCCAGCCUCGCUCCGCCUUUGACUGGGAUGCCGCUCUCAAGGCCCGGACCCAGUCCCUCAAGAAGAAGCCGCCGAGGACCAGCACACGUCACAUCCGGGAAGUGGUGACCAGGACUGUCACCUACACCCCACGCAUGGACCCGGCACCCAAGGGAAAGAGACGUAAGGUUGACUCUGAUAUCUGA